AUGUCAGAUCCGAAAAUAUACACCAUCGGCUGGAUUUGUGCGAUCACCUCUGAAUAUGUUGCCGCUCAAACCUUCCUCGAUGAAGUGCACGAGGGCCCAAAAUACUUGCCAGCUCAUAACAAAAACGACUAUACGCUGGGCAAAGUUGGAAGACACAAUGUUGUUAUUUCUGUUCUACCUUUAGGUUCAUACGGCACCACUUCAGCAGCACGAGUCGCCGAGGAUAUAUUGUACGGCUUUCCAAAUGUUCGACUUGGUCUGAUGGUUGGUAUCGGUGGCGGAGCACCAACCCCAAAUCACGAUAUACGUCUUGGUGAUGUUGUGGUCAGUAUUCCUUCUAAUGGCCAAGGUGGAGCGAUCCAGUACGACUUCGGUAAAACAAUACAAGAUCAAAGCUUCCAGUUGACGGGCUUCCUCGAUCAGCCGCCUAUUAUUCUCCUCGCAGCAGUCAACGGACUUCGAGCACAAUAUGAGAGUGAGGGUAACAGACUUGAGGAGACAGUCAACAAGGCUCUUGAGAAAAAGCCGAGGCUACAAAAAAAAUAUCAGCGGCCAGAGCAAGAAAGUGACCGGCUCUAUCAAAGUCAUAUCGUUCAUCCAGCCGAAACAUCAACUUGCGCAAUAGAUUGUGGUAAUGAUUUGACAAGCCUCAUCUCCCGAAAUCCACGAACGAAGGAUGAAGACAAUCCAGCAAUACACUACGGAUUGAUUGCUUCAAGUAACCAGCUAAUGAAGGAUGCUUCGAUCCGCGACAGACUUGCUGCGGAAAAGGGUGUUUUAUGCUUUGAGAUGGAAGCGGCCGGGCUGAUGAACCAUUUCCCAUGCCUUGUGAUUCGUGGAAUCUGUGACUACUCCGACUCACACAAAAGUAAAGAAUGGCAAGGGUUUGCGGCAAUGGUCGCGGCGGCUUAUGCGAGGGAUCUACUUCGUCGAAUUGUCCCUCAAAGGGUGGAAAGACAAGAAAGUCUUUCAAACAUCUCGAGGCCGCAAAAUGACUCCGUGGUCGAGGCCACAGGCCGCGCUACAUCUGGGUUACUGAAAACCGAUGCGAAUUGCGCGAAGUUGCAGACCCUUCAAGGCCAUUCUCGUUUGAUAACUUCGGUAGUUUUCUCUCCCAACGGCCAACUAGUAGGCUCAAGAUCAGAGGAUCAAACUGUACGACUCUGGGAUACUGCCACAGGAACUAUACAAAACACCCUCGAGGGGCAUUCCAAAGGAGUUUUAUCGGUAGCCUUCUCUCCGAACGGCCGAUUAGUAGCCUCGGGCUCUAGGGAUCGGACUGUACGGCUCUGGGAUACCGCCACAGGUGCUCUAUAUCACACACUUGAAGGCCAUUCCUUUUUCAUUGACUCGGUGGCAUUUUCUCCUAGUGGCCGACAAGUAGCUUCAGGGGCUCCUGCUAGUUCUGUCCGGCUCUGGGAUACCGCUACUGGGGCUUUACUCCAGACCCUUAAACUCCAUUCUAGCCCGGUAGCCUUCUCUCCUGAUGGUCUACUAGUGGUGUCUGGCUAUAUUGAUUACUCCGUUACCCCUACAACUCAGCAUUUCAGGAUCAGGCAUAGGCUCUCAGAGUAUCGAUAUACCAGUGGCCAUAUUGGUGGGGUUUUAUCAGUGGGAUUCUCUCCCAACAGCCGACUAGUAGCUUCCGGCUGUGCUGAUCACACGGUAUUGCUAUGUGAUAAUACUCCCACGGCUGAUUGGUCAACCAUCAACAAACGGACCCUCACAGGUCAUUCAGAUUUGGUUCUGUCAGUAGCCUUCUCUCCCGACAGUAGACUAUUAGCAUCGGGCUCCAGAGAUCAUACAGUCCGGCUUUGGGACACCUCCACGGGCGCUCUUCAUCACAUUCUCGAAGGUCAUUCCAAUAUGGUCGUGUCGGUGGCCUUCUCUCCUGACGGCCGACUGGUAGCCUCGGGGUCCUAUGGGUCUGUCCGGCUUUGGUAUACUGCCACAGGCGCUCUAAACCAGACCCUCAAAGGCCUUCUUGGUCCGGUGGCUUUCUCUCCUGAAGGCCGACUAUUAACAUUGAGCUCCUUUGAUUAUAACGUCCAUAUCUGGACGCCACCGCGGCCAAUUUAG